AUGUCAUGUAGAUUUUCACCAUCACCACCACCACCAACAACAACAACAGCAUGUGUUUUCCUUCUUCAUGUGUUUGUUUCAUUCAUCACACUAACCUUAACUUCUUCAACAACCUUAACAACAUCAAAAACAACGUUUGACUCAGCAACGUUGUUAAACAAUUUCAAACACUCCAACAUCAUUUCUGACCCAAAAAACUACCUUUCAAAUUGGUCCCUUUCAUCUUCACCUUGUUUCUGGCAAGGUAUCACUUGUUCCAACUCCGGCGAAAUCACCACCGUUAAUCUCACCGGAGCUUCACUUUCCGGCAACACUCUCAACCUUUUCACCUUCACUUCAAUACCCUCUUUACAACACCUUCUCUUACAUGGAAACUUUUUCAGUUCUUUUAACUUUUCUGUUUCAAAUUCAAAGCCUUGUUCUCUUGUGACUCUUGAUAUUUCUUCAACCAAUACCUCAGGAAUUUUCCCUUUUGAGAAUCUUGUUUCUUGUUAUAAUCUCAGUUACUUGAACUUGUCUAUGAAUUUGAUUACUAAAUCAAAUUAUAGCUUAUUAGGGUUUGGUAAUGGUGGUUUUUUUCCUUCUUUGAUUCAGCUUGAUAUGUCUAGAAACAUGUUUUCUGAUGUUGGUUUUGUUGUGCAUGUUGUUACAAAGUUUGAAAGUUUGGUUUUUGUGAAUUUCUCUGAUAACAGAAUCUAUGGUGAAUUAAGUGAUUCUCUUGUUCCUUCUGUGAAUUUGGGUUUUCGGAGUUUGAAUUCGGGGAUUGUAAGAAGCUUGUUUGGUUGA